AUGGGGCUGCAGUUUGCGUUGUUGUUGCGAUGGGCUGUUUCUUCUCAAGAUUGUACUUAUGGAUUCGGAUAUGACGCAACUAGUGAUGACUAUAAGAUCCUUAAGAUUGAUGGGAAUUCUCCCCAUGGUGACAAAGUACCCUAUGAAAUUUUUACGCUGAAAAGUGGUUCUUGGAGAAAUAUUGGUAAUCAUCCAACUGGAAAUCUGUUUGUGUCGCCUCAUAUGGAACCUCGUAUGGUUUCUUUGGCAUUUGUACACGGAGCAUUCCAAUGGCUUGGUUUGUCAGAAUGUAUUGCUAUGUCAGAUAGUGGUUUUACUGUGGUGUCAUUUGGUGUUUCAAAUGAGGUGUACGGAGAGAUUCCCUUGCUAGAGCGAAUGUGCUAUGUAUCCAACUCCAUGAGUGACCGGCUUGUCAUUUCAGUAUUGGGAGGAUGCUUUGCUUUCAUUCUACUCAUAAUCCUCAUGGGGAGGUCAGGCCGAUAUAUAGGUUUGGGAAUGGUGAAGUGCUACUGUGCUGCGGACUUCGGUUUCGUUAUGGUUCUGUAUUUAGGACAUCCAAAGGACCAUUUGGAUCAUGGCCUCAAGGUUAUGGUGAUGCCUAUCCCUCUCAGGAAGGAUUUGCGUAUACAGAAAGCUUGA